UAGAAUGUGUCCAGCAAGACCACUCCCUCGGCCCGCAGGAAUAAGGCGAAACUGUCUUCUGGGAAUGCGGCCAUCAAUGGCGAUGUGAAAUUGGCGGCUGGAACCAUGGACGUCUUCUUGAUGACGAACGUCUUAUGCAGGGGACUGUCAUAUUUGAACAUUGUAAUACAAUGCUUGUUCCCCGCUGGUAUCCGCAAGUUUUCCACUGCCUCCACUGCCUCCACAUGUUCACGGCUUUCAACAUGACUGUGACCUCUCUGCCAUAUUGUUUCGCGUCGAGCGGCCUAGGCAGGGCCGCACCGACUCCCUUCUUCCACAAUUCGACAGAAAUGAGAACAUCAAUUGGGCUGUUAUUCUUGUGGCAUCGGGUCGCAAUCAAAAAGUACCCCUCUGCGAGGAGUCGGUUGAAGUUCGAUAUCAGGUCGCCCACCUGUGUUGGCUCAGGUUCUUCGGGCUCAGGCACGGCCUUUGCCUUGCCUUUGUUUCCUUCGCCUUUCAGCCCAGCUUUCUUUGAGGCAAUCCCUUACUGUUGCAAGUCCCUUAUUGUUGGCCUUUUUGCCAUUAUCUCAUCUGGAGUUUGUUGUACUCUUGUCUUCGAUGUUCGACAGCCGCCUCCACUACCACCAUGACUUCGAUCAUCUCUCGAUUCUCAGGGACAUUAUGGUCAUCUCCCCAGACUGGUGUUAUAUCGAGGCGCCGCUGUCUUCUGGAUCGCUGCUCGAACUGCCAGUUGAGGUGUUAUUGGGCCCGGGGAUGCUCUUCUUGUGUUGUCCAGUUGUCCAACAUUGCAGCAGUUGCUGAACGUUUUGCCCAGAUCCCAGUUCCUUCGCUCUCUUCAGCGUGGUCCUUUUAUGACGCUAUCCAGCUCGUGUUCGUUGGGCUCUUCCCGGAAACCGGGCGAUCAAUGAUUAAGACCUUCGACUUGCUCCACUUUACAUGGGCGCCGGACGCGCGCUCCCACAUCGUCAGGAAUUCAUGGGCG